AUGAAGGAACAGCAGCAUUCUGAAAGAAAUGAUGUACCUUUUAUAAUUGAUGAAAUUCAAAAUUUUAUUGAAGCCCAUUGGAUCUCAGCUACUGAAGCCGUAUGGAAUGAAAUGCAUCCUUCUGUGACACGAUUACAUAUUCACCUCCCUAAUCAACAAAGAGUAGUAUUUGAUGAACAUGAUCAAAGAACCACUCUUACCGAAUACUUCAAAAUGAACACAAUUGAUUUAGACGCAAGAAACCUUAUCUAUAUAGAAUUUCCUAUGUAUUAUACAUGGAAUAAAGCUAUUAAAAAAUGGAAAAAAAAGGCAACAUGGUGGUUGUAUUGGAAGAUUGUAUAUGGUUCAUCCAA